GCGUAUCAUGGCGGGCUGCGCCGCGCUACCGCACUCUUCCGCUGGGCCCCAGAAAGUUUCGCUUCUGCCAAACAGUGGACCCACGAGCGCGUGUCACCAUGGAGUCUGACCUCUGCUGAGCGGACCCAGGCGGGAGGCGCACAGCCGAGAGAGGCGGCCCGCAGCCAGUGGCCAUGGCCUCCCCCAUCGCAGAGAGCCAGCUGCAGAGAAUCAUCCGCGAUUUGCAAGAUGCCGUGACAGAGCUAAGCAAAGAAUUUAAGGAAGCAGGGGAGCCCAUCACGGAUGACAGCACCAGCUUACACAAGUUUUCUUAUAAACUCGAGUAUCUCCUUCAACUCCGGACGUCUCUGGGAAGAGGAAGGGCGUUCGUUCGCUACUCCCUGGUGCACCAGCGGUUGGCGGAUACCUUACAGCAGUGCUUCAUGAACACCAAAGUGACCAGUGACUGGUAUUAUGCACGGAGCCCCUUUCUGAAGCCGAAGCUGAGCUCUGACAUCGUGGGCCAGCUCUACGAGCUGACUGAGGUUCAGUUUGACCUGGCAUCCAGGGGCUACGAUUUGGACGCUGCCUGGCCGACGUUUGCCAGGAGGACGCUGGCCGCUGGCUCCUCUGCCUACCUGUGGAGACCCCCCAGCCGAAGCUCCAGCAUGAGCAGCUUGGUGAGCAACUACCUGCAGACUCAGGAGACGGCCUCCAGCUUUGACCUGAGCAGCCCCUUACACAACGAGGCACUGGAGGGCUUCGACGAGAUGCGCCUGGAGCUGGACCAGCUGGAGGUGCGGGAGAAGCAGCUGCAGGAGCAGGUGCACCAGCUGGACACAGAGAACCAGGAGCUGAGGGCGACCGUCAGCCUGCAGGGGGAGCAGCUGCAGACGGAGAGGGAGAGGGGCCGCGCCGCGGCUGAGGACAACGCCCGCCUCACUCGCCUGGUGGCCGAGCUCCAGAAGCAGUGGGAGGUCACCCAGGCCGCACAGAGCGCCGUGAAGGAGCUUCAGGAGUGCCUGCGGGCCCUGGAGCGGGGGGCGGCCGAGAAGGAGGAGGAUUCCCACUCAGCCCUGCGGCGGCUGGAGUCCGUGCUGCAGCCCCUGGCCCGGGAGCUCGAGGCCGCGUGGGGCUCGCCGGACAGGAAGAGCCCGCGGUCGGCAGAGCAGGAGGCAGAUUCGGUGCCUGCUCCGGUGCCGGACACGCCGGGGCGGCGGAAGCCCCUCCCCGGGGACCCGGCCCUGGAGACCCAGGAGCUGGGGGAGAAGCUUCGGGCCCUGGAGAGAGAGCACGCCAAGGUCCAGGAGCUCAGCAGGCAGCAGAGCGCCCAGCUGGGGCAGCUGGCCGAGGAGCUACAGCUGAAGGAGGAGGCCCGGGCCGGCCUGGAGCACCGGCUGGAGGAGCUGGCCGGGAAGGGGCAGGAGGCCACCCGGCUGCGGCGACAGCUACACGAGGCCCUCGCCCACCUGAGCUCCCUGGAGGAGGAGCUGGCCGAGGUGAGGCAGGAGGAGCGGCAGCGGCGACAGGAGAAGGAGCUGCUGGAGCAGGAGGCCGGGGCGCUGGCGCGGCAGCUGCGGGUCCUGGAGGCCCAGCUGGCGCAGCUGAGCCAGCACGUGGGUGACCUGGAGGAGCAGAGGCAGCAGCUCGCCCGGGACAGAGACCACCUGAGCCAGAAGGUGGGGGCGCUGGAGCGGCUGGCCGAGCAGCCGGGGCCCCCGGGCGCCACCCCGCGGCAGGCCUCCAGGGGGCCGGAGGAGGGGCAGCGCAGCCCACAGGAGGGCCAGACAGGUGGCCCCGAGACGCCAGGGAGCGGACGGGAGGAGAGGCUCGAGCAGGCCGACGGGGAGCUGAAGAAGGAGCUGCAGAAAGCACUGGAACGCAACCAGCUCCUCGAGGGCAAGCUGCAGGCCCUGCAGGCCGACUACCAGGCGCUGCAGCAGCGGGAGGCGGCCAUCCGGAGCUCCCUGGCCUCCCUGGAGUCUGAGCAGGCCAGCAUCCGGCACAUGGGAGACCAGAUGGAGGCGAGCCUCCUGGCCGUGAGGAAGGCCAAGGAGACCAUGAGGGCCCACGCGGCGGAGAAGGAGGCCGCCCUGCGGAGCAAGGAGGCCGAGUGCCAGCAGCUGCAGGAGGCAGUGGGGCAGUGCCGGCAGCGGGCAGAGGCCCAGGAAAGGGAGCUCAAGGCUCUUGAGAGCCAGUGCCAGCGGCAGACCCAGCUGAUCGAGACCCUCCGUGCAGAGAAAGGCCAGCAGGGGCUCGGCCCCCCCGAAGGCACCGCCCCCCGGGAGCCGGGGGCCCAGCUGGCCCCGAGUCAGGCAGAGCCAGAGGCCCGGCAGGGGGAGGCGGGGGUGCCAGACCUUCAGGCCGAGCUCCAGGCAGCCCUGGGUGACCGGGAGAAGGCCCAGAGCCAGCUGAGCGUGGCCGAGGCCGCUCUGAGGGAGCACAGGGCCCUCGUGCAGCAGCUGCAGGAGCAGAACGAGGCCCUCAAGAAGGCCCGCGGUCGGGAGCCGCCGCAGGGCUCGGGGCACGAAGGGGCGCUGCAGGAGGACAGGGCCGAGGAGGAGCAGUCCCAGGCAGGACACGGCUCCCGGGAAGCCCCGCUGGGACAGGCCGAGCCGCGGGAGCAGCUGCCCGGGGCCAGCGCAGACACAGCCGAGCCCCACGGCCACCGCUGCACUCAGCUCGUGGAGAAACAGCAGGCGGAGGAGGCCCUGGCCCGCACCGUCCAGGAGCUCCGUGAUGCCAGAGAGGCGGCCUCAAGGGAGCGGGAGGGCCUGGAACACCGAGUGGCUGGGCUGCAGCGAGAGAAGGACAGCUUGCAGGAGAGGCUGAAGGUGGCCGAGGAGGCGGCCCGCUCCUUGCCCGGCCUGCAGGCCCAGCUGGCCCAGGCCGAGCAGCGGGCGCAGAGCCUCCAGGAGGCUGCACGCGAGGAGCUCAGCGCUCUCAAGUUCCAGCUGAGCACCGAGAUCAUGGACCACCAGAGCAGACUGAAGGCUGCCAGUGAAGACUGCGGGAGCCUCAGGGCCCAGCUUGAGGAGCGAGGCCGGCAGCUGCAGGCCGCCGAGGAGGCUGCAGAGAGGCUGAAGGCCACCCGGGCAGAGCUGGGAGAGAAGCUGAACUGCACCGGCAAGCGUCUCGCAGAGUGCCAGGCCGCCCUGCGGAAGAAGGACGAGGAGGGGGCUGUCCUGCGCGAGAGCUUGGACAGGACCCAGAAGGAACUCGAAAAGGCCACGACAAAAAUCCAGGAGUAUUACAACAGACUCUGCCAGGAGGUGACGAACCGGGAGAAGAAUGACCAGAAGAUGCUCGCGGACCUGGAUGACCUGAAUAGAACCAAGCAGUACCUGGAGGAGAGGCUGAUCGAGCUGCUCAGGGACAAGGAUGCUCUCUGGCAAAAGUCAGACGCCCUGGAGUUCCAGCAGAAGCUCAGCGCUGAGGAGAGGUGGCUCGGGGACGCGGAGGCCAGCCACUGUCAUGACUGCAAGCGGGAGUUCAGCUGGAUGGUGCGGAGGCACCACUGCAGGAUCUGUGGCCGCAUCUUCUGUUACUACUGCUGCAACAACUACGUCCUGACCAAGCACGGCGGCAAGAAGGAGCGCUGCUGCAGGGCCUGCUUCCGCAAGUUCAGUGACGGCCCCGGCUCCCCCGACAGCGCCAGCUCGGGCACCAGCCAGGGAGAGCCCAGCCCUGCGCUGUCGCCGGCCCCAGGCCGCGCCGGGCCCCAGGCCGCCGGAGGCCAAGGUGUAGACGCGGACUGCAGGCCGCCGGACGAUGCCGCGUUUGACAUCAUCACCGAUGAGGAGCUGUGCCAGAUUCAGGAGUCGGGCUCCUCGCCUGAGACACCCACCGAAACUGACUCCCUCGACCCUAACAUGCCCGAACAUCGGGAGCCUGCGGUCCCUGCGGCCUCUGCUACUCAGCUAAGGGCCUGCACCCUCACACGCCAUCUCUAUGCAUCAGAGAAGACCCAAGUGUCUCUGGUAGCUUUGUCGUACAUUCUUUUUCUUCCUAAGACCGAUCAGAAACGCCAGGACCCUGAAAAAGUGCGGGCGCCGAGCUCCCGCUCGGCCUUCUCCAGGGACCAGGUGUCCUUCUGUGCUCGGCACCGAGGGGGCAGGCGGACGGAGAUGGAGAGAAAGCUCUCAUCAGCCCGUCGCAGGGCUGGGCCUUGGGUCUCUCGGCCUCCGCUCUGCUUCCACCCCGGCCUGGCCUCCCCUUCUGGUCACGAGACGAACGGGCCAUACGGCCGUGAAGAGCUUGAUCUCCAGAAUCCGACACCUGGUCGGAGCCUUCACGAGGUUGAAGGGCGUCUGGGUCAGCAGGAACGCAGCCACCACCAGGAAGAUGACCUUCAGAGACUUGUGCUUCUUGAAGCCUCGGGCGCGAAGCAGAGUCUUGAUUAUGACCGAGUAGCAGACAAUCAUGGCGACCAGGGGCAGGAAGAACCCCAGUGUCAUCUGGGUGGCGAGAACCACAGUGGAAAUCUCCUCGUCGUGAUAACCACAGACGAGCUUGUCGAGAUAGAGGACGUGGCCAUAGAUUAUCUGCGGCAGCGAAAGCAGCAGGGAGGCCCCCCAGAUGAACAGACAGAUGGCCUUGCCCCAGGCCAUCCGCCUCGCCUGCUGGUUGUAGGCCUUGGUGGCCCGAGCCACCGCGAUGAAGCGGUCAAUGGUGACGCAGGCGAGGAUGAGCAUGGAUGUGUAGAAGUUCAAGGUGUAGAUGCCCAGCAGGGUCUUGCACAGGACGUCGCCGAAGACCCACUCGUGGAUGCUCGCGUAGGCCCAGAAGGGCAGGGUGCAGACGAACACCAGGUCAGCCAAGGGCAGGUUCACCAGGAACACGUCCGUCAGGCUCUUCAGCUUCUGGUAGAAGACGUAGAUGACCAGCACCAGCGCGUUCCCCGCCAGGCCACAGAUGAACACCCCCAGGUACAUGCAGGGCAGAAAGACCUUGCGGAACUCCAAGAAGCGUUCGUGCCCCCAGCUGCCGUCGCUGGAAGUGUUGAAGAAGCCGGGGUCCACGUAGUCGUACUCAGCCAUGGCGGCCGUCACUUCCCUCUGCCCUGUGACCCUGCCGAGGAGCAGGGACAGGACGCGAGGGUGACGUACUCGGGCGUGAGAGCAGAGGCGGCUACGGCAGCACCGGCCCUGGGGUGCCAGGUCACUGACCUGCAGAGAGCCGGCACACAGCGGCUCGUUUCCGGUGACCCAGGGCCAUACCUCGCUAGCACCUCGAGAAGGCGUUUCGAGAAGGACAGGAUAAAGUUACCGCUGACGGUGGAAGAGAUCGCCAACUUCGGGGAGAGCAACAGGGAGCUGUUCGUGAGGUCCAGUACCUACAGCGUCAUCCCCAUCACCGUGGCUGAGGCGGGCCUCACCAUCAGCUGGGUCUUCUCCUCCGACCCCAAGAGCAUCUCCUUCAGCGUGGUCUUCCAGGAGGCCGAGGACACACCGCUGGACCAGUGUAAGGUCCUCAUCCCCACGACCCGAUGCAGCUCCCACAAGGAGAACAUCCAAGGCCAGCUCAAGGUCCGCACACCAGGCAUCUACAUGCUCAUCUUCGACAACACCUUUUCCAGGACUCUGGGCCAGCCUGGCACCAUUCUGACCAGUGGGGAACAGCCAGAGCCAGGUCAGAAAAAGACAGGCAACUUCCCCCUGGUGCUCUUGGACCCUUUCCCAGGGAAAACCAAGGGCCGUGGAAACCAAGCACUGGCUGCAGUGGCCUGGGGUGACACGGCUCUGGCCAGAGCUGCUCUCUGCAGCACAAGUGAGCACAGGCGGACCCUGGAGGAGCUGCCAGCUGGCGAUUAUGUGCGGACCACAUUCGCUGCAAGCCCUUGA